CGCGAAAGCAGAGGGCGGCGAUGGAGCAGGGAGGGUUGACGGAGGACGGGGCUCUUGUUGGAGCAGCGGCUACCCCGCAGGACCCUGAACAUGGAGUGGGAAGGACCGUACCGGCAGUGAAGGCGCUUUCAAUCGAAACUGAAAACCUGAUGUCAACCCCGAAGCAGUCGCAGCGCUCCCCCAUGACCGAGAGCAUGUCCCCACCUGCGCAGAUCAUGAGCUUCUCCACGCAUCAGUCCAAGGAAGGGAGCCAGCAGAGCCAAGGGCAGGACAGCUCGAAGCUGGAUGAGCUCUUAGCGAUCCAGAAGAAGCAGCAGGAGAACGUCGACGUGGUCUUGCGAAGGAUGCUGGAGCUGGAGCUGCACAUGAAUCAGAAUCACCUUGCCAUGCAGGAGAACCUCAAGAACCAAGGAAAGAUGCUUAACUCUCACACCGAUCAGAUUCAGCGCUUGUCGGCGGAGGUGCACAAGAAGUCCUGCUGUGUGAUCAGCUAAGACCUCCGACUCGGCGAUCGGACCGUGGCGUCUCCCAACUGAGGCGAGUCAGGCUGUAGUCCGCCCGGAUCAGCCUGACGGUGAGGGGAUUGCCAGGCCACUGCCGUUAAGUUCGUCUGCCGGCAGUGCCGCCCCGGCCCGCCGGGAACUUCAAGCGGCGCGGCCCAGCCUGACUCAGACCCGAGGCGAGCCUCGGAGAGUCCCGGCGCCCGCGCGAUCGGCGGCGGCAGUGAUCGAAGUUGUACGCCGGUGCCGGGAUAAAUGAACUUUGUUGUCGC